CCGUCCGCAUUUCGCCCCAUUAUCGCACCGACUGUUCGUCCGUCCGCAUUCAAGUCACCGAAAUCUGAGAACGAAAUAAUACGUUUACCGCAUACAUCGUAACUCAUACCGCCGCUACCGUUUCGUAUCUUGCGCAGUAACCAACGAUACUAAUAUUUUAUAAAAUGCGUUUCGCGAGUUGCGCCGUGUUGGCCUUGUUGCCAUUCUGCUUGAACGCCGCCGUCGUCGUGCCCGGCGAUAGCAACUACCUACAACAAGAGGACACGCAUGUGGAAUCAACUGGAAACGGAAACUGGGCGAUGGUCGCCAGGAUGGCCGACGAGUGUGCCAAGGAUGCCGAUACAGCAGCCUGCGUGGCGGUCAAAGCAGCAGCUGCCCUCGAAAGAGCAGCCCGAGCCACCGGUCCCGUGCAAGUUUUGCCUGGUCUUACCGUAAUGAAGAACGCCGAUGAAGGGUCGUCGUCGCAGAGGGAUUCUCGCGCCCUGCCUACCGAGGACGAGCUCCGCGGUCAGUUGCAACAACAGCCGUCAAAGGUCACCGACAUGGUCGUCAACUCAGCCAUCAGAUUCCUCCAGUCCAGGACCCUGCAACUCAAGUUCCCGCAAACUAACCCCGAAGAGCUGUCCCGUGCUAUCGAAGAAGGCCGUGGAAAACUCAAGAAGAAGAUGAUGCCCAUCCUGGGAUUCCUGGCCGUCAAACUCGUCGCUGUAUUGCCAAUCCUUUUGGGAAUCAUCGGAUUCUUCGCACUCAAGGCUUUGGUAUUCGGCAAGUUGGCCCUUCUCAUCGCCGGAGUGAUGGCGUUCCAGAAGUAUGCUGGUACCUCCGGUGGUUUCGGCAAGAUCGCAGACACAUGGAGUGCCGGUAAUGUUCAGGCUGCCCCGUGGGCAGCGUCCGCAGCCCCCAGCACCAACGGUGGUUACUACAGACGUAGCAUGCAAGAGGCUCAACAGAUGGCGUACAACGGUCAAGUUCAACCGUCCGCACAGACCGUCGCGUAAUACUACCAUAUUUCAUUUUAACGACACUGCAAAUCGCAGUUUCCAAAAAAAAAAAUUUUUCUCUCUCUCUCAAUAGGACCGAUGAGUUUUAAUAUUAUUUAUAACGACUAUAUACGCAUAACCGUGUAAUCCUUUUUAUUAUUAUUAUUAUUUUUUUUUUUUUUACUAUUUUUGUAGUCCCAAUAGUAUUUAUUAGAUUCAAAUCGGACGGUGUGACAUCUGCAUGUUAUAAUUAUAAUAUUAUUAUGCGAACGUCUCCAUCGCCGGGAGUCCACAUACACAGUAUGCAGGCUCACGACGUAGAUGCGCACGCAACACUCGGUAUUAGAUUAUUGUUGCUCUCCGAUAGCCGAGUAACUUUUUGCCAUAUUAGUCUUUAGAUUUCUCGAAAAAAGACUUAUAUCUUUAACCCAAUAUUAUUACCACGAAAAA